AUGACCCUCAACACCCAGAGAGAGAAAGAGCCUCUACGGCGUCGAGCUAGCACCCCUCUACCCUCCUCCCACUACUGCCAGACCUCCCCUGGGACAGGGGACUCUCACCAGCGUGAAGAGGGACUGGGGACCCUGCGCAGCCAUGCCCUUCUGGGCCAGUCAGCAUCAUACCACCCCGGGGACAAGUCGCUCCACUACCGCGCCCAGUGGAGCUCUGACUCCGAUGACGACUCUCAGAGUGAUGCCGAUUGUGUGUACCGUGUGGUGUUGCUAGGCGACCAUGGCGUGGGCAAAACCAGCCUGGCGGGAAUCUUCGCCGGGAUCUCUGACAAAGAUGUAAAUUCUGAAGAAGACACGUACGAGAGGACGCUGACGGUAGACGAUGAGGACACUACGCUUGUCGUCAUGGAUACCUGGGAGGCUGAGAGCUCUGCCGGAUUGGUUCAGGACUACUGUAUGCGGGUGGGCAGUGCUUAUAUAAUCGUCUACUCCAUCACGGACCGCACCAGCUUUGACUUCGCCUCUGAGCUCCGGAUCCAGCUGCGCCGUACACGGCAGGCGGACAACAUUCCCAUCAUCCUCGUGGGCAACAAAAGUGACCUGGUCAGGUCUCGCGAGGUGGCUGUGGAAGAGGGGCGUGCAUGUGCCGUGGUGUUUGACUGUAAGUUCAUCGAGACGUCGGCAUCUCUCCAGCACAAUGUCAGCGAGCUCUUUGACGGCGUUGUUCGUCAGAUCCGACUCCGGCACGACAGCAGCGAGGUCGCUCAACGCCGACGUUCGGUUUAUAAACGAAAGGAGAGUCUCACCAAGAAAGCCCGGCGUUUCCUGGACCGACUAGUGGCUCGCAACAACCAGCGCAUGGCCGUCAAAGUCCGGUCAAAGAGCUGCCAUGACUUGGCUGUGCCCUAAAACAGCCAAUCCAACAGGAAACCCUCUUUAAGGACAUGUUUCCAUCAGGAACCUUCAUAAGUGUGACAUGAAGUUGAGAGGUGUGACAAGCAGAAGAUAGGGAUUCUAAAAGGCUUCAGUCUCUCUGGGAUUGGUUGAGCUUGCCAUGGAAAAA